AUGCGCACCCAUUUUUUUGGACGAUUGGCAUGCUGGAUGGCAACGGACAGCUGUGUGCGGUGGUCCUUCAGUUGGCGAUCGCAGAUGUGCCUCUUGGUGAUGACUUGGUGGUCAAUCUCUGCUGCAGUUACAAUUGUUAUGAAGCAGACGGUUGGAAGCAAUGGAAGCUACCAAUUCCCUUUUGCCUUGACCGCAAUGACUAAUGGCGUUUGCGGCUGGAUCUCCGUUGUGACAUACCGCAGUAGACGUGCCAAACAUGCACGUCGGAACGUGCUUCGCUGGCUUGAUUUUGCGAAGUUAAUGGGUUUGGGCGUACUCCAAGGUAUAGAGAUAGGUAUGUCAAACAAAUCUCUGGAGUACUUGUCCGUGUCAACUCGAACAAUAUUGAGCUCUCUGAGCGUCUUCUUCAUGAUGAUGUCAGCAAACCUCUGGGGACUCGAGGAGUUGGACCGACUUCGGAUUUGCAGCGCUGGCUUUCAAAUCCUUGGAGGGAUGCUCCACGCCUACGGUGCCUCUCACAGUGCCGACACGUUGGAGCACGCGGUAAGCAUCCAGAUCACUGGGAUGCUCCUUCAGUUGUUCACCUUAUUGCUGUCCUCACAACGCUGGGUGAUGCUACAGUUCAUCAUGCAGAAAUCUAAGCUUCAGCUUAACAAGGUUGAGCUAGCUGCCUUCAUCAUGCCAGUGACUUCUCUGGUAUGUUUAGUUUUGGCUGCAAUCUUUGAACAAGAUGCCUUCAAUUUGCCUGUCAUGCGAGAAGCUGGGUUGCCAUGGAUCGUUGCCUUUGUAGCGUGCGGCAUUGGCAUCCUGACCGUCGCUGAACUUCGCCUGGUUCAUAUUUCGUCAGCGGUGGCGUUGCAGGUUUUGGGCACCUUGCACCAGAUACCUCUGGUGAUCACUGGGGUGCUGUGGUUCCAGGAUCCUGUUGACAUGCAGAGUGUCUUGGGCUUUGCGUGCUGCCUUGGUGGUGCCCUCUGCUAUGCCGCUGCCAAGCAUCUGCCGGUGGACAGCAAAGACUUCCCUGCCACCGACAAAAACCUUCAGCUGGAUGAGUAG